CCUCAAACACUCAAUAGUCAAUAACAAUAAAAAAAAAAAACAAAAAUGACACUCUUCUCUUUCAUUUGCAGUUGCUUUGUCCCCAAAUCCUCUUCGCAGGUGAUCACUGAUGAUGCAGAUGUGAAAACUACUUCUCUUAAGAAACCAAAAGGCAAGUCAAAAUCGCAACGAGCUCCGAUUGUGGUCUCUUACUUUCCCGUUGGUUCACAACCAUCUCGUUUGUAGUCACAAGCUGAUGGGAACCUAGAGGUGACGUGGUUGGUUUAAGUAGGUUUAAUCUCAUAUAAAUACUGGUAUUAGCUUGUAACAAGGCAGUUAUGAAUUCUGAUGAGAAAUAGUUACAUGUUUGUUCCCG